AGCGAAAAAAAGUUGUGUUUGUUUUUUGUUUUUCAAGUUCGCUACCAGUCAGAUUCGAACCUGGGACCUCCAAGGGGUGGAGCUGGUGGAGGAGGUGGGUGAACCAAAUGUGUUUGUUCAUCUUGACACUUACCACAUGAAUAUCGAGGAGAACAGCCUCUCUGGUGCCAUUGAAUUAUGUGGUGAUAAGCUGCAGUAUGUGCAUAUUGGAGAAAGUCACCGUGGUUACUUGGGAUCAGGCCAAGUCAAAUGGGAGGAGCUCUUUCGCGGACUUGUCCGGGCAAAAUACAAGGGUCCAUUGACCUUCGAGUCAUUCUCCUCCAAGGUGGUCAACGCAAGGUUGUCCAAUGAUUUAUGCGUCUGGCGUAAUUUGUGGGACGAUUCCGAGGAUCUUGCAAGGACCGCAAAGGAGUUCAUUGAUGCACAAUUGGAUGCUGCUAUGCGCUGCUCUGUAGAACGGUAACUCAGAAGACAAUGGAGUUGGGUGGGUCUUUUUCUGGGAGACUAUACAGGUGGGCAAUAAGGUUCCACUAGUUCAGUGGAAAAGGACCACUGAAAGAGAAUCACUGAAGCAUUUUGUUUCAAUCUGAUUGGUAGAUAACGGAGGGGAGCAUAGGCAUCCGUUGAAUGUUGUAGAAACGUUCAUCCACAAGUGGGGACCAGCUUCUGUCCAAUGAUGAGAAAGGGAAAAGGAGGGGGGCUUAGUAGCAGUUGAGGCGGAGUAAGGGAAGAUCAUUCGAAGAUGAGAUGCUCAAUUGCAGGAAGCAAUGACUGUUUUUGGCUC